UAAACAACGAUAAGUUUUUUCAACGUCACACAAAAGAUGUAAAAUCAAAGAAAAAUAAAAAAUAAUAAAAGAAAAAAAAUCGAAAUACAAAAAUUAUACCUCCUCCAUCCAAACUCUAUCAAACAUCAGGCCGCGGCUUAGCGCAAUAAUCUCUCUGAUACGAGUGUGUUUUUUAUUUUUUUGAUUUUUUAUAUUUUCUAUACACAAAAAUUCUGUUUGUUUUAUCGCUCCAAACUCAUAGCGGAAAACAUUAAACAAAAAGAUUAAAAAAAGCAUUCUCUUAUCGCUCGUCUUGGUGCUAAAAAAGCUAAAGUGCUGACUCGGCUGACUAAUAAAAAAAAAUUUUGCAUUUUCUUUUUUUGAAAUAAGAUUUGUUUUUAUAAAUAAUAUAAAAACGCUUCAAAAUGAUGGACGGAACUGAUGAAGCCACUGGCAUAGAGAAUCUAACCAUCUCAAGUAAUCAGACUUUAGAUAUAGCCUCAUCAUCUAGUCCUUUAGUUGCACCUUCACAAGGAGCGGGGCCAGGAGCAGUUGGUGGAGCGAACCCUGGUGAUUCAGCUUCAUCAACAGCAGCAGGGCAACAGGCGGCGGCUACGCCUCCUCAACAACUCUCAGAAAAUAGCCUCCUCGUAGACAUAUCGGAUGCUCUCAGUGAGAAGGAUAAAGUUAAGUUUACUGUGCACACAAGAACAAACUUGCCAGGCUAUAGCAAGUCAGAUAUGCUGGUAGUUCGACAGCAUGAAGAAUUCGUUUGGCUGCAUGACCGUUUUGAAGAGAAUGAGGAUUAUGCUGGUUAUAUUAUUCCACCAUGUCCGCCAAGGCCAGAUUUUGAUGCAUCGCGAGAAAAAUUGCAGCGGUUGGGUGAAGGCGAAGGCAAUAUGACUAGAGAAGAAUUUAAAAAGAUGAAAUCGGAAUUAGAAGCUGAAUACCUUGCAACAUUUAAGAAAACUGUAGCAAUGCACGAAGUAUUCUUAACACGUCUCGCCCAACAUCCAGUUUUUCGCUUAGACCAACACUUAAAAGUAUUUCUCGAAUAUGACCAAGAUUUGUGUGCCAAACCACGCAAGAAAAUGGCACUCUUUGGUGGCUUUGUUAGAUCGUUAGGCAAGACAACCGAUGAAAUUCUAUUGGGAGCAACUGUUCGUGAUGUGAAUGACUUUUUCGAAAAUGAAUUGCAAUUCCUUUCGGAAUAUCAUGGUCAUUUGAAAGAAGCAGCAGCUCGAACAGAAAAAAUGACACAAAAACACAGAGAAGUAGCCGAGUGUCAUCAGAAGGUUUCGAAUUCUUUGAUGCAAUUAUCAAUAGCAGAGAAGGGCACAAUGGAAACAUUUUAUGCUAAAACUGCUGAAGUUUUUGAAAAAAUUAAGCAUUUCGAAUCCAGAGUAGCCAGUGAUCAAGAUUUAAAACUUGGCGACACUCUCAGAUAUUACCAAAGGGAUAGUGAUGCUGCAAAAGCAUUACUUAUUCGUCGUUUAAGAUGUUUGGCUGCGUAUGAAGCAGCCAAUCGUAAUCUCGAAAAAGUUCGAGCGAAAAACAAAGACGUCCAUGCGCCUUUGGAAGUACAAGAGGCUGAAGCAGCUCAAGCUGAAGCGUGCGAAAAAUUUGAAUCAAUAUCUGCCUGCGGCAAAGAAGAACUUGUAAGCUUUCGCAAUCGUCGUGUAGCAGCUUUUAAAAAAGGUCUCGUAGAGUUAGCUGAAUUGGAAAUCAAACAUGCAAAGGCGCAAUAUGAAUUCCUACGUCAAUCCUUGAAUGCUCUUAAAGAACUUUAAUAAUCUUAACUAAUUCAAGUCCUUUGGAGGAACAAAAACAACAACAACAAAAAUACAACCAACAAAAACAAAAAAAAAAACAAGAAAUAAUAUUUAUUCUAUUCAAAGAUUAUCACUGUUAUUGUCUUAAA